UCCUUAUGAAUGGAAACUAGCGGCUGAAUUUCUCAGAAUUUUAGGCUCCCCGCAGGCCCCCUCCUUUUUCUGCCACAGUAGUUCAGCCCUGGUUCUAAGUGGCCGUUUUGGUUAUGGGGUUCCUUUGUGAAAAGAACUGGAAACUAUUGGGAGGGAGAAACGGCACUGAUGCCUUUAGGUGGCAUGGUGAAGGGGGAGGUGGCAGCCAGGACAGACGCCCGGAGACCCUCACUGAGGGGGGAAGCCGAGUCCUGCUUCGCGACCCUCCCCGGCACGUUCCGGAAUCUGUCCUGGGGUGCUCGGCCGGCCCAGGGUCUGCUCACCUCACCUGGGAAGCCUGGCCUGGGACACAUUUAUGGGAUGCAGCUGAGCUCGCAAUGGAGAGAAGGAUUACCUAAAACCAAGGAAGAGGAAUCAUACACAUGUGACUGGGCUUAUGAUUUUCCCGGCUGGGCCUUGGGUGGGAUGAAUUUGUUAGUGUUCAGUGAAUCCUGACGGAUCACCACUGCUAUAGGGUCAGGCUUCCAAGGCCGCCCAGACCUGGGAGGUGCCACGUGCUGAGAGCCCGUACCUGAAGCCUGGCUCUCCCUGGUACCGGGGCUGGGGGUCCCGGGCCUGACAGGCUUUCUGGGUGCUCUCGGGUGGUCAGUGGGCCCCUCUGGGCUCAGGUUUCUCCUCUUCUGAACAAAGGGGCAGUUGGAUUAGAUGACUUCUCAGUUAUUUUCCAGUUUUCCUCUUCUGUGAUUCACUCUUUCUUUCAAUGCCACAUCUCUUUUUUGCUUUUCUUUUUCAUGUAAAUCACCCAGGUUCCUGUCCUUAACACUUAGGGGCUUGGGGAGUCCCUUAGGAAUCCAGAUGAAAAAACUGUUGACCCUCUUUCUAGAAAAAUGCCCAUACUAACAAAAUUUUGCCUUUGAUUCCAGGAGGCUCAUGGACCAUGGAUCUUUACUUCGUAGUAACGGGGUGGGGUGGGUGAGCAAAAUGCUACAGAGUGGGUGUUUCUCAUUUGGUGACACACACAGACGCAAAACCCUCUGUCUUCAGCCCCUCCUUGCCCCCUCUACACAGCACAUUCCUGGAGCUCAGGAACAUUCUCCUGCCCUCCUUCCUUCGGUAGGAAUUUGCACCUGCUCAGUCAUUUUCUGGGGGUGCUCUCAGUAAGUACCCCUCUCCAGUCUGUCCCUUGAUAAUUUAGAAACACUAUGGACUGUCUUAGAAUUCCGGGACUCUUGACAUUUCUCACUUUACAGCUGGGAAGGGCCCCAGAGAGGUUCAAUAACUUUCUCAAGACCUCAUUAAGAAAGAACCUUUGCUCUGCCCAGUUCCAAUUCUAAGUCUGAUUUUUAAUUCACACUCCACACCCCUUUUAGAACCCAGAAAUGCACAGCUGAGGUUAUUGGGUGAAAAAUUAAAAUCGGCACUUGAGGGACCUUGUCUCCUUCUCCCUGGGACCUGGGUGCCUCCACCCCACAGCCACCUGCAGGAGGCUGGACUUUCCAGAAUGCCCCUUCAUGCGGAGGUUGCUGAUGGUCGUUUUGCUUGAUGGGCCAGCCUGGUUCUGAAUGUGACUAUUCUUGGGGACGUUAUGUCCUGCCACUGCUGAUUGCUUUAAACUGGUCUGCCUGAGGAGGUCAUAUUUUAAUCGGAAGCUAUUUUUUUGGGGGUGGGCGUCUGUCCAAGUGCCUGGGGGAUUUCCAGCACUGUUCUAGUAAAUGGUGGCGCCAGGUCAAUGGGGCAUGACCGCCCUGUCUCUCUCCAUGCCCUUGGGAAGGCUGCCUGCUCUGGCAAGACUGAACUUCCAUGGGACGUCUUUGGGCUCGCCCUUGAUCACGGUGCCUUCUGGGAAGAGUCUGGUCUGUUUAACUUUGCUGUCUGGUGGCCACAGUUGAUUUCCUCCCUGUUGUCCUUCUUCUCCCAGUUGGUCCUAAGAGGGCAUGAGGAAGAACGUUUGGAUGGUAACAGCAGCUAUUUAGAAAGAAUCCUCUGGGGUCCAGGCACUGAUUCAGGCACUUUGUAGGCACCAGCUCUGCUCCUCGGCUGUGCCGCAUAACAUGACAGUGAGGCUGAGCAAGGACCCGGGGUUACCUGGCUGACAGGUGGCAGAACUCGGACGGGACCCCAGCUCUGUCUGGCUUAGUCCCAAGCCCCUGCUCUGAUCCCUAAACCAGCUGAGAAGAAACAGCUAGAAGGGGUAAGCUCAUGCCCUGCCUGAGGGUUUACUCUGUCUCCAGAAGCUCACAUGCCGUGUGGAUUCUGUGGAACACCGACCGAACUGGGCAUCAAAGAAUUGCAUUGGCUGUUAGGGAAAUGGGCUAUUUACUGCAGGUACCUGAGCAUGUGAAAAGUGAUUUUCCCCUAUCUCGUGCUAAAGAGGGAGUGGUGCUGUUAGAUGUGGCUUUAUUUGCCUGACGUUGAAUGUUGAGUGAAAGCUGGAAGAAGUACAGCAGAAAUGUCAGUGGGCUGAACGUCUGGCUGGCUGGCACCGUGCAGGUUCCGCACAGAGCUUUCAGUUUUCAUUCCUGGGUUUGAAGUCAUGGAGGCAAGCAUGGUCUCUCCACAGCAGGAUGUGUGACCGGAACGGCGGGCGGCGCCUCCGACAGUGGCUGAUCGAACAAAUCGACAGCAACCUGUAUCCAGGACUGAUUUGGGAAAAUGAUGAGAAAAGCAUGUUCCGGAUCCCAUGGAAACAUGCCGGCAAACAAGAUUAUAACCAGGAAGUGGAUGCUUCCAUUUUUAAGGCUUGGGCAGUUUUUAAAGGGAAGUUUAAGGAAGGGGACAAAGCUGAACCAGCCACUUGGAAGACGAGGUUACGCUGUGCUUUGAACAAGAGCCCAGAUUUUGAGGAAGUGACUGACCGGUCCCAGUUGGACAUUUCCGAGCCAUACAAAGUUUACCGAAUUGUCCCCGAGGAAGAGCAAAAAUGCAAAUUAGGCGUGACGGCCCCGGGCUGUGCGAACGAGGUCACCGAGAUGGAGUGCGGCCGCUCCGAAAUUGAUGACCUGAUCAAAGAGCCCACCGUGGACGAGUACAUGGGGAUGAUCAAAAGGAGCCCCUCCCCGCCAGAGGCCUGCCGGAGCCAGCUCCUCCCGGACUGGUGGGCGCAACAGCCCAGCGCAGCAGCCUUGCCGCUGGUCCCGGGGUACGCAGCCUACGACAAGCAUCACGCAGCCUUCUCCCAGAUGGUUAUCAGCUUCUACUACGGAGGCAAGCUGGUAGGCCAGGCCACCACGACCUGCCCCGAGGGCUGCCGCCUCGCCCUGAGCCAGCCCGGGCUGCCCGGCGCCAAGCUGUACGGGCCCGAGGGCCUGGAGCUCGUCUGCUUCCCGCCGGCCGACGCCAUCCCCAGCGAGCGGCAGAGGCAGGUCACCCGGAAGCUGUUUGGGCACCUGGAGCGGGGCGUGCUGCUGCACAGCAGCCGGCAGGGCGUGCUCGUCAGGCGGCUGUGCCAGGGCCGCGUGUUCUGCAGCGGCAACGCCGUGGUCUUCAGGGACAGGCCCAACAAGCUGGAGCGCGACGAGGUGGUGAAGGUCUUCGACACCAGCCAGUUCUUCCGAGAGCUGCAGCAGUUCUAUAACAGCCAGAGCCGGCUUCCCGACAGCAGGGUUGUGCUCUGCUUUGGGGAGGAGUUCCCCGACGCGGCCCCUCUGCGCUCCAAGCUCAUUCUUGUGCAGAUUGAGCAGCUCUACGUCCGGCAGCUGGUGGAAGAAGCUGGGAAGAGCUGUGGUGCCAGCUCUGUGGUGCAGGUUCCUGAGGAGCCCCAGCCGGACCAGGUCUUCCGGAUGUUUCCAGAUAUUUGUGCCUCACACCAGAGAUCGUUUUUCAGAGAAAACCAACAGAUCACCGUUUAAGGCUCUCCGGCAGCUCAUCCCACCCGCGUCUCCCAUUUCAUUUUUCCAAUUACUGUUGCAGUUCAGUAGGAUGUGCGUCCUUCUUUGACCUGGGGCGGGACAGCUCAUUUUGCUCUUAAUUUAGGAAGAGCCUUCUUUGAAGAGUUGAAGUUUCAAAAAAGUUGCAUCACAGCUCUGCUGUUUAAGUAUAAACCUUGGAAAGUUAUACCAAGUGGGCUGGAUGCUGUACCCAAAAUCUGUGAUUAAAAAAAAAAAUGUUUUUCUGCAUUUUUCCAAUUAUCAUUAGUUGCUAUGAUUCUGUCUUUUGGGAUAAUUGACAUUUCCAAAGACUUGGUGUUCAAUAUUGAAACCUAUAUAGCAAAUAGCUGCUUCAAGGAAAGACAUUUGGAGUGUAAAUUUAUCUUGUGAAGAACUAGGCUGUUUGUGUCUUCAUCUUUAGUUAAAGCUAUAGAUUUAUGAUUGUAUAAGCUUGAAUCUAUGCAAAGUGUCUUUUUACUUUUAAGCAUUUUAAUAAGAUUUAAAAACAUUUAGACCCCAGCCACCCUGUAAUAACUGAACAUAAAGCUCUUGGCUUGUUGGAAGAAUGUAUUUUCUUCGUAGAAUUUCAGGACCAGAAAGACAUUUCCAUCACCAGGUGAACAGUCUGCUUUUAUCUUCAGACAGUGAAACUUUUCCUUUGUGGCUUUCUGUCCAGAAAGCUUAGAGAUAAAUUUAUUUUUUUUAUUUCUGUAAUUAAAUCAUUCCACAUACAUCUCUCUUAUUUUUCCUGAAUGGUUUUAAUCUGUUUAAAAUUUUUUUUUGUUUUUUAAAAACUUUUAAGUGCCCUAUUGUGCAUGUCCUGUUGUAAGCUGCUUUGAAUCUUUUUUUUUUUUUUUUUAAGUGGCCAGGAUAUAAACCACGAGUUGAAAAGCACCUGUGGCCUCCAUGAGCAUUUUGAUGAUCGUGCCUUCAGUCAGCCCACCCAUCCCUCAGCCGCUGGUGCUUUGGUUUGUGGGCCCAGCGCACAGCUAGAGGGGGUUGGGAAGGGUGGAUGGAAUGGUCAGCUCUUCACCCUGCGCUGUCCCCGAGGACCACGCGGUGGCCCGUGGCAGGGGACAUGUCUUCUGAUACAGUCAUUUUAGUCCCCCCAACCCGAAUGCUCCCCGAGGUUCUGUGCCAAGUUCUGCUCUUCGGCCAACGGUAAUACACGGGCCCCGACUGAGAAGUCCGGUGUUAGUCUUGGAGGAACCUGCCCCAUUCAUUAGCAAAUAGGGCACCGCUGAAAAUUGGAUCAGAUUUUACCCUAAAUCAUCUGCUGAUCAAAAGCCAGGUGCAGAAGAUUUAACACCAGGGCUUGGCUUAAUGGCAGAGGGCAGUUUCCCUUCCAAUGUGUGAUGUGGUGUAUCUCCAAAACCACUUUAAAAAUGUACACGAUUAAAAAGUAUUUGGCAUUUUUUUCGUAAAAGAAUGUACUUUGCUAGAUCUGUCAGUGUCUGCCUAAUCCGUUGACUGGCAAGGACUGGACAGACAGCCCCAGCGUCUGUUGGGCGCCUCCAGGGGCAGCCUCCUUGUCAGGGGUGCGAGCCAGCGCGGAAUUGUUGACUCGGCCAAGUCACUUCCGUAGUCAGUGUGGAUGCUUUCCUCUCUUCUUUCUCCUUUAUACCCAGCCUGGGACACCACUGACCCUUACUCAGAGUCUCACCACAGCAGGGCGGAAGGGGACUUCCCAGUCCACCUGCAUUUUGAGAAGGGGGAGAAGGUGUUAAGGUUCGGGGACAAGAUCACCCAGCUCAGCCAACCUGCUGGCCUGUAACCGUGAACGGAGUCUCAGAUUUAGAACCCGGCAAACCAAAGAAAGUUGUGUACUUUUCCCUUUGCUAAUUCAUGGAGGUGACAUAGGUGUAGCAUGCUGUAAGAUGUAAUAAUUAUAGAUUCUUAGAUGUGCAUGAAUUCACAUUUGAAUGUAGGGAAAUUCCAGCAAAAACAGCUUGUCACCCUUGGCCAAACAAAGCGAGCAUUACAUUUUUAAGGAUAACAGACCUAUUUUUUAAAGUGUUACGAUAACAGGCUUUAGUCUCCAGCUCAAAUGAAUAUUAAAGCACACAUCUUUUAUAUGUCGAGUGAAUAUUUAUUUUUGUAUCCAUUCAAAAAGUAUAUUGAUCUCUUUAUUCGUUAUUAAAAUAAAAUGCUCUUUUAUAAAAAGCUGA